GCUGAGGAAAACGGCGGUGUUUAUGCAAGUGGUGGUGCUGUUAACAGCAGUAACGUAUUGGAUAUUUACCCACUGAAUCAUUAUUAUUUUGGUUCAAAAGAGGCUCUUCGGUUUAAGGAAGAGACUUUAGCUGAUCGCGUUCUACGCAUGAAACUGAACUAUGAUACUCAUGGACUCAGGACAUGUGUACAGGCUGUGCUUUUGGUCGAGUUGUUCAAACAUCCACAUGUAUUAUUAUUGCAAGUACGAAAUUCCAUUUUCAAGCUUCCAGGUGGUCGUGUUAGGCCUGGUGAAUCAGAAAUUGAAUGUCUAAGACGUAAGCUCUCAAGUAAGCUAUCCAUGAGCGAAGAUGACAGCUGGGAGGUAGGUGAAUGCCUUGGGAUGUGGUGGAGACCUGACUUUGAAACAUUGAUUUACCCGUUUAUGCCACCUGAUACAAAAAGGCCGAAGGAGUGCACAAAACUCUUUCUAGUGAGGUUGCACGAAAGUUGCAAAUUCAUUGUACCGAAGAACCUUAAGCUUCUUGCUGUCCCAUUGUGCCAAGUUCAUGAAAAUUUCAAGACCUAUGGACCAAUAAUUGCCGGAGUUCCACAACUGCUAUCAAAGUUCUCCUACAAUAUGAUGGAUUAUGUCUGACCGGUGCCACAGUACAAGUUAAAGACAAACAGGGUGUUCGAUGCUAUUCUCGUCCCAGCACGCUAUUUUAAGUGCUAGGUUAAAGUUUAGAAACCCAAUACAGUUGUCACUUUCACAUGUAUAUAUAUACUAUGAGGAGUGUGUGUAAGCGAAGUUAAGACAUUCAGGUUUUUUUUUUGUCCUUCAUCUGCAGUGUCUGUUUCUGCCUUUAUAUUUGUAUUGCCACUUGUAGUGAGCAAAAUAAAUUUUUCACCAAAUAGUUUAACUGAUGACAUCCUUGUGGUUUUG